GUGAUUUUUCUGCAGAUAUACGACAUUUUCCAGCAAUUACCACCCAAGAUCCAAGUCGGAGUAUUUUCUGCAACAAUGCCCCCUGAGGCUCUUGAGAUCACCAGGAAGUUCAUGAACAAACCUGUCAGGAUUCUCGUGAAGCGUGAUGAGCUGACUCUUGAAGGUAUCAAGCAAUUCUAUGUUAAUGUUGACAAGGAAGACUGGAAGCUCGAUACACUUAGUGAUCUCUACGAAACUUUGGCGAUUGCCCAAAGUGUUAUAUUCGUAAACACGAGGAGGAAGGUGGACUGGUUGACCGACCAGAUGAGAGCCCGUGAUCACACCGUUUCAGCCACUCACGGAGACAUGGACCAGAACACUAGGGACAUCAUUAUGCGGGAAUUCCGUUCUGGUUCAUCCCGUAUCCUGAUUACAACCGAUCUUCUUGCUCGUGGUAUUGAUGUUCAGCAAGUCUCCCUUGUGAUCAACUACGAUCUUCCAACUCAACCUGAGAACUACCUCCACAGGAUUGGACGAAGUGGGCGAUUCGGAAGGAAGGGUGUUGCCAUCAACUUUGUUACCAGUGAUGAUGAUAAGAUGCUCUUUGAUAUUCAGAAGUUCUACAAUGUGACAGUGGAGGAGCUCCCUGCUAACGUUGCUGACCUUAUCUGAUGAAUUUGGUUUGUGUUUUUAGGGAACAAGGUGUUUUGUCUGACAGAGUUUCACAGCCUAUCACUCUUUAAUUACUAUGCUCUCUUUUUCUUUUCUUUUUUUACCUUUAUUAUGUGAACAUCUUUAACCCACGCUGUGGAUGUCCCAGCUUAAAUUUUUGUAGGAGACAAGUUUAAAUUGUACUUUUGGUAUUUUAGGUUCAGAAGAGUUUUACCUGUUGCCA